AUGGUCUCUGACGAGGAUGAACUGAAUCUUCUAGUUAUCUUAGUUGAUACCAGCCCAAUUUGGUGGGGAAAACAAGCAUUGAAGGAAUCUCAGUUUACUCUGUCAAAAUGCAUAGAUGCUGUUAUGGUGCUGGGGAAUUCCCAUUUAUUCAUGAAUCAUUCCAACAAACUCGCUGUGAUAGCAAGUCACAUUCAAGAAAGUCAAUUCUUGUAUCCUGAAAAGAAUGGCCGACUGGGAGACUACUUUGGAGACCCUUGCAACCCAUCUUCUGAGUUUAAUCCCUCAGGGAGUAAAGAUGGAAAAUACGAGCUGUUAACAGCAGCAAAUGAAGUUAUUGCUGAAGAGAUUAAAGAUCUAAUGACCAAGAGUGACAUAAAAGGUCAAAAUACAGAGACUCUGCUGGCAGGGUCCCUUGCCAAAGCCCUUUGCUGCAUUCAUAGAAUGAACAAGAGAGUAAAAGAUAAUCAGGAAAUGAAGUCAAGGAUAUUGGCUUGUGACAUCACAGGGGGGCUGUACUUGAAGGUGCCUCAGAUGCCAUCCCUGCUGCAAUAUUUACUGUGGGUUUUCCUUCCUGAUCAUGAUCAGAGAUCUCAGCUAAUCCUGCCGCCCCCAAUUCAUGUAGACUACAGGGCCGUGUGCUUCUGUCAUCGCAGUCUCAUUGAAAUCGGCUAUGUCUGUUCUGUGUGUUUGUCAAUAUUCUGCAAUUUCAGCCCUAUCUGUACUACCUGUGAGACAGCCUUUAAGAUUUCUCUGCCUCCCGUACUGAAGGCCAAGAAAAAGAAACUGAAAGUGUCUGCAUGA